CCUCGACAGCAAAGAUGGCAGACCAAGACUGGCAGCAGCAGCAGCAGCAGCAGCCCGAGGGCGCCAAGCUCGACGGCGACGACCGCGCCCCGCAGCGCUCGCCCUCGCCCCGCCGCGACAACCGUGCCCGCUCGCGCUCGCGCUCGCCCAUGCGUGGCGUCGUCGACCAGCAGCCGCAGCAGGACCGCCGCGAUGACCACCGUCGUGACGACCGCCGUGACGACCGUCGCGACGACCGUGGCCGCUCGGACAACCGCGGCCCCGGUGGCGGCGACAACCCGGGCAACAACCUGCACGUGUCGGGCCUGAGCCUGCGCGUCGAGGAGCGCGACCUCGAGGAGCUCUUCUCCAAGCACGGCCGCAUCCAGAAGUGCCAGGUCAUGCGCGACCCGCACACCAAGGAGUCGCGCGGGUUCGCGUUCGUCACGAUGGACAACGUCGAGGACGCCGAGGCGGCCAUCAGCGCCCUCAGCGCGACCGAGUUCAUGGGCCGCACGAUGAACAUCGAGAAGGCGCGUCGCGGGCGCGCGAGGACGCCCACGCCCGGCCAGUACCACGGCCCGCCCAAGCGCUUCGACGGCCCUCCCGGCGGCGGUGGGUACGGCGGCGGCGGCUACGGCGACCGCCCGUACGACCCUCGCUACGCCCCUCGCGGCGGCGGAGGCGGCGGCUACCGCGACGACCGCGGCGGUGGCGGCGGGUACGGCGGCGGGCGCGACGACCGCGACUACCGCGCGCCGCGCGACGACUACCGCUCGCGCGACGACUAUGGCGGCCGUGGCGGCGGGCGCGACGACUACCGUCGCGACGACCGCGACCGUGGCACGUACGCCAUGCCGAUGCGCAGCGACGAGCCGCGCCGGUCGUACGACGACCGCGGGUCGAGGAGCGAGCGCCGGUACUAAAAAAACGUCCGCGCCUUUUUGUGUAGCUUUGACCCGCCUCGUUUCCUGAAACUCGAACUUGCGUUGCCCUGCC